UAACAUAUAAACACUCAAACCUUUUUUUUUAUUCAGUCAUGUUAAGGUAUUUUUACACUAAAACGUGCAUCUUCUCCCACAGCUCUUUGUUUUUUGUUUUUCCUUUUCUUAUAACUUAGCUAGGCAGGGAUGUGGUGAACUUCUCUUCUCUGUGUUUGUUAGAUGAUGGCAGAUCUUAUGUUCAGGAUGCAGGAGGCUGUAUUUCACUUCCAGCAGCUCUUGGAAAGGAAACCAGACAACUACCCGACGCUGUCUCGCCUCAUUGAUCUGCUGCACAGAGCCGGCAAACUGCAGGAGGUUCCAAGAUUCCUCGAGAUGGCAGAGAAACACUCGUCGAGGGCCAAGUUUGAGCCUGGAUACAACUACUGCAAAGUGCUUUACCUGUGGUACACUGGUGAACAUAACGAUGGAUUACGUCACUUUAACAAAGCCAGGAAGGACAACGACUGGGGUCAGAACGCAGUGUACAACAUGAUUAAGGUUCAUCUCAACCCUGGCAAUGAGACCAUAGGAGGAGAGGUGUUUGAGAACCACGUCCUGAUCCGUCGCUCAAGAUGCAUCCCAUUAGACUCCUCAAUUCUUUAUAUGCUAAACUCUACAGAGAAGCAGGAGUCGGAGCAGCUGGUCGUAAGAACAGCGGAGAAGCUCUUAAAAGAGCUGAAGCCACAAACCCCAGCGGGACACGUACAGCUGUGCACCCUGAACUACCGAUAUCUGGCCACCAAACAGAAAACCAACGUGGAAAGAGCCCUCAACGUGUUCAUUGAGAUGGCAAACAGUGAGAAGGAUCAUGUUCCUGCGCUGCUGGCCAUGGCCACUUCUUACAUGAUCCUGAAGCAAACCCCUCGAGCCCGAAACCAGCUCAAACGCAUGGCCAAGAUGAACUGGAAGAUCAUUGAUGUGGACGAGUUUGAAAAGAGCUGGCUGCUUCUGGCUGACAUCUACAUCCAGUCGGGAAUAAAGGAGACACUGAAUCCAAUCAAAUGACGUGUUUUAUAACAGUCCAGCAGCAAGGCGUACAAGUGCAUGGGCUACAUUAUGGAGAAGGAGCAGUCGUUCAGAUAUGCUGCCAUGAAUUAUGAUUUGGCCUUGAAGUACAAUAAUCGAACUGACCCCACUAUCAGCUUCAAGCUCGCGUUCAGUUACAUUGACCUGGUUGGCAAACAUCAGAACAUUUUUGCCUAA